AUGGCAAGUGAGUGCACCAUCCUCCGUGCCCUCCUCUCUACCAUCCUCCCUGCCUUCCUCUCUACCAUCCUCCGUGCCCUCCUCUCUACCAUCCUCCCUGCCUUCCUCUCUACCAUCCUCCGUGCCCUCCUCUCUACCAUCCUCCCUGCCUUCCUCUCUACCAUCCUCCCUGCCCUCCUCUCUACCAUCCUCCCUGCCUUCCUCUCUACCAUCCUCCCUGCCCUCCUCUCUACCAUCCUCCCUGCCCUCCUCUCUACCAUCCUCCCUGCCCUCCUCUCUACAAUCCUCCCUGCCCUCCUCUCUACCAUCCUCCCUGCCUUCCUCUCUACCAUCCUCCCUGCCCUCCUCUCUCUACCAUCCUCCCUGCCCUCCUCUCUACCAUCCUCCCUGCCCUCCUCUCUACCGUCCUCCCUGCCCUCCUCCCUGUCCUCCGCCCUGCUCUCAUCCCUGCCGUCCCCCUGGCCCUCCCCUCCUCCGUCGAUUUUCCCUGCCACCUCUCUGCAUCGUCCCUGCAUGGCCCCUGCUUUUCCUGCAGGUGGACCAGAGAGCAUCACUGUCACCCUGCACUGCUCUUGA